CAGGGAGGAUGGCCAGUCCUCUGGAGCAGGGGUUGGCUGCGGUCCUGUGCACCUUCCAGGAAUAUUCGGGGCGCUGCGGGGACAAGCACAAGCUCUGCCAGGCGGAGCUCAAGGAGCUGCUGCAGAAGGAGCUGCCCACCUGGACCCCAACGGAGCUCCGGGAGUGUGACUACAAUAAGUUCAUGAGUGUCCUGGACGACAACAAGGAUGGCGAGGUGGACUUCGUGGAGUACGUGCGCUCCCUCGCCUGCCUCUGCACCUACUGCCAUGAGUACUUCAAGGAUUGCCCCCUGGAGCCCCCCUGCUCCCAGUAACGGGCCGGCAGGGGUCUGAGUCUGCUCUGAGACCUGCCCCAUCUCUGCCCUGAGGUCGUCCUGCACCUGUCAGCUCUCCCCUCCACCUCCCGCGUCCCCUCCAUCCAGGGCCCCUGAGUCCAGGAGACCUGAGGGACCUUCCCCAGGACCACAGCUAGUGACAUGGAGAGCAGCCAGUUGCUGCCUCCCCUCUGUGGCCUGAGAUGGCACAGGCCAGGGGUCUGCCCCGAGGCUGUCAAGUCCCAGCAGAGUGUGUGCAGGAAGGAGACCUACGGCGGGAAAAGGGCCUAUUUCGCUCCUAAUAAAGAAUUGGCAUCA